GAGAGAGAGAGGGAGAGAGAGUGAGAGAGAAACAGACAGACAGAAAGAGAAAGAAAGAAAGAGAGAGAGAGAAAGAAUGAGUAAGCAAGAGAGAGAGAAAGAAAGAGAGAGAGCGCGGGAGGGGAAGAAUAAUUGGAAUCGAGCGGCGUAGGUGUGUCAGUGUUCGGCUUUCCCCGCGAUAAUGCUGUUGUCAUCGAGAUGCCGAGAUUCACACGUAGACUCGCGCGACUCCCAGUGUCCUGAGUCGCGAUCACGAUUUAUAUUCCUUCGAGCCUCUCUUGGACGGUCCUCGUUGAUUGGACGUCAACAGAGACUGAGAGGGAAGGAAAGUGAGAGAGAAAGAGAUAUCGAACUUGGUACUGUCGAAUGGCACAGGAGUAAAAUAGUAGUAGCGCAACGAUUUAGUGAAUAAAAAGUGGGAGGAGUGAAGAAGUGCACAGAUGAAAGAGGGGACACACGACGGUGGCCGGUGCUCUGUAAGGUUUUUCGCGGUGUAGAAGUGUACUCAACCGUUCUUAUUCGUCGCGUUUACUUUUGUACGAUCGAUUCGAACGAAGAGAGAACGAACCAUAACGUAUCUCGAUCUCGAGUGGUCCAAUUCUGUUAUAAUUCAUUUUUAUGAUUGUGAGAAAGAAGAAAGUAGUGAAGGAAGAAGAGAAGUCGGAUGUACAACGAACAAGGGUGAAAGGAAAAGAGAAAGAAAAGUAUUCGGUGUCCCUGUAUAUAUCGGACAUGAGCACGACUCUUCGUGUUCGUUCGUUGUUAUUGUCGCCGUCGUCAUCGUCAUUAUCGUUAUCAUUAUCAUCGUCAUCAUCAUCAUCAUCAUCACCGGGAUAUAAGGUGCAAUCGAUUCGUUCAUCAUCGGUAGAAGAUCGUUUCAACGAAAACCAUCCAGCCGGUCGCUGCUUUCUGUGAAACGAACGUCGAGCGUCGACAAACUCUACGACAGCGUUAAGCUUCACAAAUACGACGUCAGAGGGCCGGCGAUACGCGACUUCCGUGCGUGCCUCGUCGCGCUCCGCCUAUCAGUUACCGUCGCUAGUUCCGCGAGAGAGGACUACGUCCUCUUCUCUUUUUCAUAUUUUACAUCUUUUCCUUUUCUUUUUUUUUUUUUUCUUUUUUGAAUGUCGUUCAAUUUGGUCGAUCCAACGAAAACUCGCGGACGAAGGAAGCGAAGACCAAGGAAAAUGAUUAAGUGAGAGGAGGAGAAAGAAGAAGGAGAAGGAGAAGCAGAAGAAGAAGAAAGAAGAAGAAGAAGAAAGAAGUAGAAGACGACGACGUACGGUAGAGCGAAGUAGUGUACGUGUGUGUGUAUGUGAGUGAGAAAGAGAGGAAGAAAAAGUGAAAGAGAAAAAAGCAGGCAAUAUAUAUCCCUUCGUUUCUCUACGUCACUACUCUCUUUCUCUCUCUCUCUCUCUCUCUCUUUCUCUCUCUCUCUCUCUCUUUAUCUAUCUAUCUAUCUAUCUAUCUAUUUAUCUAUCUAUGUAUAUAUCUCUAUCUCUCUUUUUUUGCUGUCUCUCGCUCUCGCGCACGUGUGUCCUUUAUAAAGUGUAGUGUCGUGUGUGUUCUUUCGUAUACACCCUACUGACCGAUCGUUGCCGUCACCGUCGUCGCCGUCGUCAUCAUCGUCGUCGUCGUCGUCGUCGUCGUCGUCGUCGUCGUCGUCGUCAUUGUUAUUGUCGUUGCCGUCGUCAUCGUCAUCGUUAUCGUCAUUUGUCUUUUUGCGCGCUAAAGUGGUCAGAAUUUUCGGGCGUGUGAGCGAAGAGAAAGAGAGAAGAAAGGAGGUGGGGAGGUGGGAGAGAAGUGAAAAAGAAAUAGCGACAUCAAAAUGUGGAGUGCGAUGUGUGACGUGAUGCCAACGAUCGCGGAGGACAGUAUCAGUCAAAGAAGUUCGCAGUUCUCUGGCGAGGACGCGAACUUCGAACAAUUAAUGGUUUCGAUGUUGGACGAAAGGGACAAACUAAUGGAUUCGUUGCGCGAAUGUCAGGAACGAGUACAGGAGGCCGAGACCAGAGUGAGGGAGCUUGAGAAGGAACGGGACUCGCUCAAUCGUCAAAUUUAUGCCAACAUUCCGCAGGAACUAUCACAAUUGACAAAGGAAUUAGCAGCAGCGCGUGAAAACAUUUUACAGAGAGAAGAAGAAAUAUCAGAAUUGAAAGCAGAACGGAACAACACACGUCUUCUACUGGAACAUCUUGAAUGUUUGGUUUCUCGACACGAACGAUCGCUGAGGAUGACGGUCGUAAAACGUCAAGCCGCGGCACAAUCGGGCGUGUCGUCGGAAGUUGAAGUACUAAAAGCUUUAAAGAGUUUGUUCGAACAUCAUAAAGCUUUGGACGAGAAGGUACGCGAACGAUUGCGCGUAGCUCUCGAAAGGAAUACGAGUCUUGAGGAGGAAUUGGCCCAUACCAAAGAAGAGCUCCAACAGUAUAAAGUAAGUGGAAUUACGCCUAAAGCCAUAGACGACAAACCUAAAGAAAAUGGUCAAACGGAUGAUGGUCAACAACAAAACAAGAAUGAGACUGAGCAGGCUGAAAGUCAGCAGGAGCCACAACAGCAGCUUCAACAGCAACUACAGCAGCAGCAGCAGCAACACGCAAUACAAAAGCUAGGUACAGAGAAGCCAACAGAGAUAGCAAGCAGAUUGAGCAAUGGCAGUCUUGAUCCAUCCGACCAGGAUUCGGCAGUACGAGUAAUAGACUUGCAAGCCACUCUUGAUAAGCAGAGUACUGAGUUAAGUACGUGGCAACGGCGUGUAGCAGAAUUAAGCGGACGAGUUGCAGAAUUAGAAGAAACACUCUGUAAAAGCCAAAAGGAUCUUAUAAAAACUCAGGAAAAUAAUGUUAAGUUGCAAAGAGAUCUGCGUGAAAAUGCUGCACAGAAAGAGGACCAAGAAGAAAGGAUUGCAACUCUUGAAAAACGUUAUCUUAAUGCUCAACGGGAAUCAACUAGCUUACAUGAUCUCAAUGAGAAAUUAGAACAGGAGCUUCAACAUAAAAAAGCUCAAUUAAAGCUUCAAGAAGAAAAGAUAGCAGCUAUACAAGAAAAAUUGGAACUUGCAGAACAAAAAUUAACCCAAUAUGCUAAGUUACCUGAAAUGGAAGAACAAUUGAAGCAGAGGAUGGAGGCUCUGACCCAGGUGAGGAGGCCCAACCAGCAGGCCCAGGAGAGGCAUGGUAGUGCAGAAGAUAGAAUACAAAGGUUAGAAGCACAAUUAGAAGAGAAGAAUGCAGAAGUAAUGCGUGUCAAUCAACGACUUAAGAUGAAUGAAGAACAUAAUACUCGAUUAAGUGCAACAGUUGAUAAACUUUUAUCUGAAUCUAAUGACAGGCUACAGACACAUUUAACAGAAAGAAUGGAAGCAAUAGAAGAAAAGAAUGCGAUAACGCAGGAACUUGAAAAGACGAGGAAAAUAGCUGAAGAUUUACAAAAUGAAAAGGCAGAUAUUGUUAAAGAGCUAGGAAAAGCACGUCUCGAAAUUGAUAAUGUAAAGAGACAAAUGCUGCAGCAAGAAAUUGCUUUUAAUAUUCAACAAACGGAUGCAUUGACUAGAAGUCUUUCUCCUAAUGCUGUGGAUCCUGGCUCAUUUUCGAGAAGUGCAAGUCAUAGUAGUUUUGACACACACUCAUUGCCUAGAAGAGGAGGCAAAAGAGCUGCAAUAGAAGAGGAUGCUUCAAAGAAUUAUGUAGUACGUACUCUUGCAGAACAAGAAUGGGAAAAACUUCAACAAGCUCAUGUUCUAGCAAAUGUACAGCAAGCAUUUGAUGUCUCCAGCGACGCUGAAGGCGACGGUGAUAAUGAAAGUAUUUUCAGUUGUUCGGCAGAGGUAAUUAGUCCAGCGGGACACACCGAUGCUCAAACACUUGCGCUGAUGUUACAAGAACAAUUAGAUGCUAUCAAUAAUGAGAUUAGAUUAAUUCAGGAAGAAAAGCAGAACACCGAAGCACGAGCAGAAGAAUUAGAAUCUCGAGUAGGUAGCUUUGAACAUAUGAAUUUAUUAGCAAGAGGACGCAGUCUCGAGCGAGCGUCACCUCCAUUAAGUGGUCGUUCUACACCAAAAUCACAUCAUAGCCCUAACAGAGAUUAUUUACACAAGUAUCACACAGCACCAGCAUCAAUGUCUCCUGCUCAUUUACAUCAGUAUGCUGCAUCCCUUGCUAGUCCUGGACAACUUUCAGAAUCACUUCCUGCAAGCCAGUUGCAGUUGUCUGGAGAAGAACUGCACUCAGUGAGUGAAAGAGAUAGCGUCGGUGGUGUUGGAAGUGCCAGCAGCGAUGCCGCUUCCCCAUUGACGGCCAGAUCACUUAGAUUAGAGCGUGUUGUGCAAGCACUUGCUCAUAGCCAGGAAGAACUAAGAAGACGUACUGGACAAACAGGAUUUCCCAGCAGUGGCUUUUCCCCACACAGCAGGCAUGGACAACAUAGCAACGGCGCACUCAAUUCUGGGACUCCUCCUUCCCCAUUGUCCUCACGCCACAGUAGCCAGGACAGUUUACACAAGAACAAUCUAUCCAGUGUUGGACUACCUAUUGGACAAUUAUCGAGUUCGCAUCUGCACAUGCAAACAACCAUGAGUCCAGCAACAGCAGCUGCAGUAGCAGCAGCUCAGAAGAAAAAAGGGAUAAAGAGCAGUCUUGGCAGGUUCUUCAGUAAAAAAGAAAAGAUAAAGGGAAAAGAUACAACGAUGCCUGGAGAUGUACCUGGUAUGGGAGGUGCGAGUACACCUGCAGAUCCUGAUUAUGGAGAUAGCGUCUCUGUGGCAGGAACAUUAGGGAGCAAGAGUGAUUUUGAUCGAAGAAAAAAGAAAAGUCCCAGUAUGUUUGGUAGUAUGCUGGAUUCUUCACGACAUGAGCUAUUGGCCGAAGCAAUGAAAGCUGGGACACCUUUUGCUCUUUGGAACGGACCAACCGUCGUUGCUUGGUUGGAGCUUUGGGUUGGCAUGCCUACCUGGUACGUUGCAGCAUGUCGAGCUAAUGUCAAAAGUGGUGCUAUAAUGAGUGCACUGAGUGACACCGAAAUACAACGUGAGAUCGGUAUCAGUAACUCUUUGCACCGACUGAAAUUGAGACUAGCUAUCCAAGAAAUGGUGUCACUUACAAGUCCAUCCGCACCUAAAACUUCUCGCACAACAUUAGCUUUUGGAGAUAUGAAUCACGAAUGGAUAGGAAAUGUAUGGUUGCCGAGUCUUGGAUUACCCCAAUAUCGAUCCACUUUCAUGGAGUGCCUUGUCGACGCUAGAAUGUUGGAUCAUCUCACUAAAAAAGAUCUGCGUGGUCAACUUAGGAUGAUUGAUAGUUUUCAUAGGACAAGUUUACAGUAUGGGAUUUCGUGUUUGAAGAGAUUAAAUUAUGACAGACAACAGUUAGAAGAAAGAAGAAGGAUGGCAGAAGGAGCUAAUGUAGAUGUUCUUGUGUGGAGUAACGAUCGAGUCAUACGAUGGGUACAGUCGAUCGGUCUAAAGGAAUAUGGAAACCAUCUCUUAGAGUCUGGAGUACAUGGUGCCCUAAUUGCUUUGGAUGAAAGUUUUGAUGCAAAUAGUUUUGCUCUCGCUUUGCAAAUUCCUACACAAAAUACACAGGCAAGGCAACUUUUAGAAAUGGAAUUUGCAAAUUUAUUAACGGUAGGAACAGAGAGGCGACCAGACGUUUCUAAUAUGAAAUCCUGAUCCAACUCGUCAAACAGAUUGCCCCAUCUUCAACCCCAUCAUGUCUAGUCGAGAACCCCAGCUAUUACUACUGUCUGUACGCAAGUGUGUUGUAAAAGUUGUAAGAGCUUUAAGUAUCAUCCUAAAGAUAUCUUCGUACUGUUACGCCAUGUGGCACGCGGUAAUGAUAUACAUACAUGCGUGAACGUAAAAUUGUAACGUAAAAACGAUUGUAUUUAUUGUAUGCUCAGAACUGAGCUCUUAAAUGUUUCCUUCAUUUGUAUGAUCGCACAUUUAAUGAUGUUCCGCGUGCCAUAUACUUUGACAAGAAAUACCUACGCGUAAAUUAUUUUCUUAUAGAUACUGAAAUGUAGGAGGUGGUCAUGUGUCGCAACUGCAUUCAAAGGAAUUGCAGUAUAUCUCCUCGAAGGCCAAAAUAUGAGUUGAACACAAUCACGACAAUAAAUCCGCCUCAUUUGACUUGUUAUGUUUUUACGGGUAACAGAUCAAUUGUAGUUUAGUGAAAUAUUGUUACAUGGCACUUUAGAUAUUCUACUACGACUAUUGCACUCUUCUUGUAUUAUAUCGUGUACUUAUAUAAUAAUUCUGCAUAUAAAAGCGGCUUAUGUUGUCGUUGCAACUAGCACAAAAUGAAUGGUUAAAAGAAAUUCACAAUGAUGCAGUAUAUACUCGGGGAAUCGUUAAUAUUUUAUAUACAAAGACGGGGACUGCAUUCUAUGUUUCUGUGUCUGUAAGAGGGCAAUGAUGAGCCGACAAAGUCUAUGUGUAUUUUACUUUUCACAAAUGGAACUUAGAGUAUUCGUCCUUCUUUCUUCUUAUUUCGAUGAAUUUUGAGUGUUGUAGAGUCACGUAUAUAAUAAAAAACACUAAGUAUUAUAAAUGAAAUUCAGCAAGCAACUAUUGCAAAUAAGAAAAAAUCUUAUUGAAAGAAAUGCAAUUACAUAGACGCGUUUAAGAAGCUAGCCUGUUAAGAAAGACUUAUGAACAGACAUUUUAUACCAAAAUAUGUGCGCAAUGUAUAGCUAAAUGUUUAAAACGUUAUUAGGUAUCCUAAUAUGAAACGACGUUUAAUGUUAAUUUAUAAUUGUCCUAUCAAGGGACCGUAUGUUAUCGCUUUCAGGUGCAUACCAGUAAUAAAAAUGUGCAUAUAUAUCAGUAAAAAUGAUCGUAACGAUGAAGAAAUUGUAUCUUGAUUUUUUGAUGCUUUACAAAGAAAUUAUUUUAUUUUAUUUA